AUGAAGAAGGCAGACAAGCCAGGUGAGCAGGUGGAAUAUUUCCGUAAAAGGUGUGAUGUCUCUAAGGAAGAGAAGAGGGAGAAGCCAAACAAUCAAACACGAUUUAAAAAGAAGACAAAAAAAAGGAGAAAUGCGUUUCCUUUGUCCUACAUCCAGGUUAUUUCCUACGCUAUCCUUAGCUCACCGCAAAAACGAGUCACUUUGGCUGAGAUAUAUGAUUUCAUCCAAAACAACUAUCCUAGCUUCACUGAGAAUAGAGUACGUUGGAAGAACACUGUUCGUCACAAUUUGUCCCUUCAUGAAUGCUUUCAGCGAGGAGAGAUCGCGAUGCACAAGGCUGGAUGUUACUGGCGGAUCCAUCCCAGCUUUUUGGCAGAGUUUAGCCGCGGAAAUUUUUCGACAAAACGCAGAUCGAUGUGCCAGAAUAAACCUUUGACUAGCACUUUACUCGAGAACCACAUCGCUGUUGAACGUCCUUGCUUCCCAUGCUGUAUUCAUCAGCCAAACCCACCAUUUUCUGUUGCUCCCAUUGCACCGCUGACGCCGCUGUAUUCAGAUCAUCGCCAUAGGAGCUUUCCUGUGACAUACGCGGAUCAAGUCACCUUCUUACCAUCAUGGCAACCCACUGGAUGGUAAACAGUACUAAAUUAAACACUUUGAACUCGUUAGUCCUAUUUUUCUCCACCUUACUUAUCUAAAGGAAUGGGUUGGACAUUUUAAACCACCAUGAUCAGUCAUUGAAGCGUUAAGUAAAAUAAUUAUCCGCUGUAGAAAAGUUUACAGUUUCUGCUAAGUGAGUUGUAAACGUUAUGACAAAGCAUACACUCUUUUUUUGUAUAAGAAUGUUGUUUUUCCGGCCCAGGCUGAAUAUUCUUAUUUUUCUGCCGAUUUUAGGCUGAAAAUAUUCUUGUAUUAUUCUUGAAUUAUAGCUUAUGACAUUUCUGUUUUAGAAUUUAUUGGGGUAUAUGUAUAUGUAUUACAUGUACCGUUCAUCGAACUGUCAUUAGCGUUGAACAUUUUGCUAUAGCUAGUGCAGGUUUUUUCGUUUUGUUGACUAGUUUCGCCGUUCAGAGAAAGGAAUAAUUUUAUACGGUUAAGUUAAAAACUUAAAAUUGUAUUGUAUUUACAGAUGUUUCAACACACAAAAUUAUAUCUAUCCUUUUCAAAAUCUCAGCCUUGGCUUUAUUCUUAAAAUAUUCUUAAAAUCUGGCAAAUUUCAGCCUCGAUAUUCUUAUUAAAUAUAUUCUUAUAAAAAAAAGAGUGUACUAAAACAUCGUUUCCAUUGUUCUAAAACUUUUAAACGCCAUAUUAUAAACAUGUUUGAUUUUGUGUGGUAUACAGUGCCUUACUGAAAACCACAAUUUGUGACGUGCCCCAGUGCCUGUUUUGGUAUUCACAUUUGGUUAUUUUCAAUCUUCAGUUGCACCUGAAUAAAAAAUCAACCCAGAGAAAAAGGAAGAGAUCGCAGUCAAUAUUUGCUUUUUAUUAUUAUUAUUAUUAUUAUUUUUAUUUAUUUUUUUUUUUUUCAACAGGCAACUACAGCACGUGCUCGUUUUUUUGAGAAACGACUAAUGAACAAUCUAGAUUAAUAUGAUACGAUUUUUUAAAUUAAUUUUGGGAAGUUUUCUGUCUCUUUGGGUUUUUUAUCGAAGUAUUUCGAAAGUUCUUUUUGCUAGCGGGGUUCAAAUUGCACAAGGAGUUGUUUAUUUAAAGAUGGAAAGUUGUUAUUGCCUGGCAGAAAGUUUAACUAAAUUAGAAAAGAAAUCAGAUUGUAAAAGUAUUGCUUUUAUAAAGACAGAAGAACAUGAAAUAUACCAAGAAUGUGUAUUUAUUACUAAUGCAGCAGAACUAGUAAUACAUAGUUUAAACAUUGCAGCAGUACUUUGCAACAUAUGAAUCAUGAAUGAGAGGAAAUAUAUCAGCAAGCGUUCGUAGAAUCAUUAUUAAUAACGUUCGGACGUUCUUUUUAUGCAGCCUUCUCUCUACUGAAUGCGAAAUAGACCGUCAAUAGACGUAAGGCCUGCCUGACAACCUGCUUUAGCUUCUAUCCUUAAUUCAGUUUUUCCCCUCUACUGCCUGAUUUUUGUCUUGCACCAAUUCGACCUCUUUUUUUAAUCAGCUUUUCGUUUAAAUGCGGCGUACUCCUUCGAAAUACUUACCAGUAACUCUGAAGCAAGCGAUGAAAGCUUUAAUGAGGUAGCAAACAACAUUAAAGCUCCCAUUUCCCCCAUUUUUAUGCUGAUCGAUAAAGUAAGAGUUAUAGAAUGAUUAAAUCUAUUCAUAGAAAGUAGGCAUUGUGUAAAUGAAUGUUGUGUUCAACCGGGAAAAGAGGAAGGGAUUUCAACAUGGGCGGAAACAACCCUGCAUUACUGUGCUUAAACAGGUUGGUCGCGGAAGACACCAAUGUCGACUCACCACUGUUUACAGUAGUCUUAUAGGGAAUGAUGGAAGUAGGCCAGAAUUUUUUUUCGCAAUGCUACCUACCUCAUAAGUGCAAACUUGGGAAAUCUGAUUUAGUGUGCAAGUCCAAACUGAUCGGCGGCUUGAAUGGAACACAGCCCGCGACUUUUGAGUUUAUCGAUAAAUCGUUUAGUCAAAAUAGCCAGUGUUAAAAUCGUUUAAGUGAGCAAUUAAAAUUGUCUUCUGAUGAUCUGAGAAGAUACUUUUAACAAUUUGGGUCCUUUUUUUACAUCAAAAUUGACUCGUACUAAAAUUCAAUGAAGCGCAAUCAAUACCAUUGCAUCUAUUUUUGACAGUAACUUGUUUUCAGUGGGACAACUUAGGAAGGCCUAAAACCUUUAACCUUCUUAGCGCCUUUUUAAGAUAAAAGGAAAGAAGAAAUUAAGUCAAGGGAGAUCAAUAUAUAUAAGAUGGGCAAGAGAAGGAGUGUUUUCCUGCGCGUUAAUAGACCUCUUUAGCUUGUAUGUUUUCUUUUCUCUAUCAGGGAGGUCUGAGGGGAAUUUGCCCCUUUGUCUUUUCAUAAAUUAUGCGUACAUAUGCACGGGUAUGAGACGAAAUAUGAUUGAAACAGUUCUCUAGAGUAUUAUCACAUGACAUGCAUCGGAAAAACAAAACAUUCCAGCUAAAGAGAUCUAUUUAUCCUUUCCAUUCUCCUUCAAAAGCAUACCAAGGGAGCUGCUGCAAAACCUGAAGUCUCUUUUGGAAGAAUACUGAACGCAAAAAGAAAACGCUCAUGCUCAUGAGCUGUAGGAAAGACCCUGAGAACAGGGGCGGCUUUCUAUAUUAAUAAGGUUUGAGUUUCUUUAAUUAAGAAUUGAAGCAAAGCAGUGGUUUGUUCAGCAACUGAAGCUUUAAAUGUUUGUGGCAACAACUACAGAAACCAUGCCAUUAAGCCUAUCAAGUGCCUACUGAAUAAGCAAAUUAUGCGUUCUGUCCGUGCUAUGUGCUGUGAUUCAUAAAUUCGAUUCGCUAGUCGUCACUUACUGCACAUGCUUUAAAUAAAUGCAUACCGUUUGCCUAAGGUGCGGUCCCUUUUCCCUAAUAAAUGAGUAGAAAAUUACACUGCAUUAUAGGAUUAAACAAAGCCAUAUUUUAAAAGGGCCUAAUGAAGCAACAUAUUAUUUUUUAGUGGGGGCUCGGAGUGUUUCAUAUGUGUUCAUAUGCUUUCAAGAGGACUUCAUUCUGAAAACAAAGCACAUGGAGUUUUGGGAAAAGGACAGUAAACCAUAUUUAGUGUCACUGACACUAAAUAUAGUGUUUGCAGGUGCUAUAAGCUGCUAUUUUAGUGUAACAAAAAAGGCGUGUCCAUGCUCCUUAUAUUACUUACUCAGUCUUCAAUAUAUAAGAUCGACUGUGGAUGUGUGCGAGACUACUCUUAAAAGGUGUUGCCUUUACAGCUCAGAUGCUCUGACCGUUAGAGUUUAAAAGGAAAAAUGAAGGAAGUGGAACGAUCGAGACAAAUGGAAGAUCCCCGUGAAGCGUGUGACGUUUCAUCAGGAGAUAAGAGGUAUUCGACCAAUCAAACAACGCGGAAAAAGAGGCCGAAACGAAAGUGUUCUUCAUUGUCCUACGUUGAGGCAAUAUCCUACGCUAUUCUCCACUCACCACUAAAACGAGUCACGUUGUCUGAGAUCUACGAUUUCAUUCAGAACAACUAUCCUAGUUUUACCCAGAAUAGAGUACGCUGGAAGAACACUGUCCGCCAUAAUCUGUCACGUCACGAAUGCUUUCAGCGAGGAGAGAUCGCGAUGCACAAGGCUGGCUGUUACUGGCGGAUCCAUCCCAGCUUUUUGGCAGAGUUUAGCCAUGGAGAUUUUUCAAGACGUAAAUUGCUGCCGAAUCCUCCUUUGAGCCAGGAAGGUACGGGCAAUUUGGUUCAUAACUACUCCACUAUUCAAAGUCCUUUCUUCCCCGGCUAUACUUAUAACUCAAACCCGCCAUUUCCAGUUCAGUCCUUUGGAUCGCUGCAUUUUAACCAGGGAGGCAUUCCCACAGUUUACGAUCAACAUUUCUGUUUACCCUGGCAUCACUGCAUUCUCAACGGGACACCGUUUAGUUAA